AUGAGACUCUUUACCUUAUUUUUCACUUCUCUAAUUUUCCGCCAGGCGGCUUCCUACCUAGUGUCGCCCCCUGGAACACCUGCCCCCGGGGCUACCGUAGAAUGCACAGAUUGGGUUCAGCAGUCCUAUGGGCUGACAUGCGCCAUUAUUAAACAAUUCUACGGUAUGAGUGCGGCUCAAUUUGAAAAAUGGAAUCCCAGCGUCACACAGCUAGGCUCGGGGUGUAAUCUCAUUCAAGGCCUUUAUUAUUGCGUGCAAGUGAACUAUGUAUCCAUGACCUUCCUGAGCACAGGACCGCCAACUACAACGUCUCACAUGCCGACAGUGACUACAUCUCCUACUGGCAUUACCACUCCAACACCCACUCAGAGCGGCAUGGUAAGCGGCUGCAACAAAUUCUAUAAAGUUGUCAGUGGAGAUAACUGCUACAACAUUGCUGCUGCUAAUGGUAUUACCCUCCCCGAUUUCUACUCUUGGAACCCUGCGGUGGGCGAUACAUGCAGCACUCUCUGGCCGGACUUCUACGUCUGUGUUGGGACCACCAAAUCAACCCCUACGAAAACAACUUUUGUUACGAGCACCACAACUCCGACUGGUAAUGGCAUUGCUACACCAACUCCCACCCAACCUGGCAUGGUGGCCAACUGCAACAAGUUCCACCAGGUUGUCAGUGGGGACUCAUGUUUUGAUAUAUCCAAUGCGGCUGGUAUCUCUCUGGAUAACUUCUACGCCUGGAACCCAACAGUGGGAAACACCUGCAGCAGCCUUUGGGUGCAGUAUUAUGUCUGCAUCGGCAUCCAGAGUUCAGCACCCACCAGCCCCCUAUCUAAAGGUAGCUAG